AUGGAAACCCUAACUCUGAUCACCAUCCUCCUCUUUCUCCUCCUUAUUCUCCUCACCAUACUCCGGCGACGCCGACAUUCACCGGUGACCAGAACCCAAAACCAGUCAGGCUCUUUCCUGGAACUCAUGAAGAACAGCCACCGGAUCUUAGACUGGACAACAGAUCUCCUCCUCUCCAACCCCUCCGGCACCGUCUCAACCUUCAUGGCCAUCAUCACCUCCAACCCUUCCAACGUUGAGCACAUCCUCAAGACCAACUUCAACAACUACCCAAAAGGCUCCUCCUUCACCUCCAUCCUCCAUGACUUCCUCGGCUCCGGCAUCUUCAACGCCGACGGCGACCACUGGCGUCUCCAGCGCAAGACUGCCAGUCUCGAGUUCUCCACCAAAGCUAUCCGUGCCUUCAUCCUCUCUCGCGUCCAUCUCGAGUCCAUCUCUCGUCUCCUUCCUCUCCUCACCUCUGCUUCCGUCUCCGGCGAGAUCAUAAACCUCCAAGACCUUCUCGAGCUCUUCACCUUCGACAACGCUUGCCAGGUCACCUUCGGCCAUGACCCCUCUCUUCUCAACGCUUCAUCACCUUCCUUCUCCGACCGUGAGCUCGCUCUGGCCUUUGAGGAAGCCACACAGCUCAGCGUUCGCCGCUUCUCUCACCCUUUCCCGUUCAUCUGGAAGCUCCAGCGUUUUCUCAACCUCGGUUCCGAACGCCGGCUCAGAGAAGAGGUUGCAAAGGUCCAAGCUUUCGCCAUGGAGGUUGUACUGGAGAGAAAGAGGAGGCGAGACUUGACUGGCUCCCUCGGCGACGACCUCCUCUCGAGGUUUAUAGCUGUGGACAAUGACUACUCCGACGAGUUCCUCCGUGACAUCAUCAUCAGCUUCGUUCUCGCCGGAAGAGACACCACGGCGGCGGCCAUAACUUGGUUUUUCUGGCUCAUAUCUACAAGACCAGAUGUGAAGGAGAAGAUCAUCGAUGAGAUCAAGUCAGUGAGAGCUAAAACCAAGAAGACGAUGGAUGAGGCCCCGGUGUUCUCUUUGGACCAAGUGAAAGACAUGGUGUAUCUCCACGCAGCGUUGGCCGAGAGCUUGAGGCUUUACCCGCCGGUUCCGCUCCAGACAAGAACUUCACUGGAGGACGACGUGUUGCCGGACGGGACGGCGGUGAAGAAAGGACAGACGGUGAUGUAUAGCUCCUACGCGAUGGGAAGGAGGAAGGAGAUAUGGGGGCCGGAGUGGGGGGAUUUCCGGCCGGAGAGAUGGAUUGAAAAAGGGGAGUUCCGAGCUGUGAGCCCGUUCACGUACCCUGUUUUCCAUGCAGGGCCGAGGAUGUGUUUGGGCAAAGAGAUGGCUCAUAUUCAGAUGAAGGCGAUUGCUGCGGCGGUGCUGGAGAGGUUUGAGAUCGAGGUGGUCGACGGCGAGAAAGAGAGGGUGAAGGAUCUUGGUAUCAUGCUUAGGAUCAAAGGUGGUCUUCCUGUUAGGGUUCAUCCUCUGGUGUACUGA